AUGGCCGUCAGUGAAGAACCAUUCGAUCAGUGCACCACAUAUGCCCGUUUCGGAGUUCCAAGCGGCAAACGCCGGCGGCACGCUCAAUCCCAUCUCGCAACCGAUGCGGUAGGCAAUGACCUCGGACCAGAACUGAUCGGGCAGUUGGCGCAGGCGCCGGCGCGCAUAGAACAUCCGCGUCUUGACCGUCUCCGCGGGGCAGCCCACCACCUCGGCGAUCUCGGCGUAGGCCAUGUCAUGGAAGUAACACAGCUCCACGACCGCCCGGUGCUCGGGCGACAGCUCCGCCAUCGCCGCCCGCAAGCGGUCGCGCACCUGGGAGGACCCCAGACGCUGCUCGGGGCCCGGCCCGCUGUCCGCGGCCUCGUCGGCGUCGUCGGACUCCACCGGCAGGUCCUGCCGGCUCAGGGCCUUCAGGCCCUUGCGGUAGGCAAUGCCGAAGAUCCAGGUCGACAGCUUGCUGCGCCCGUCGAAGCUGUCGGCCCGCUGCCAGACCACCAGCAGCGUGUCGUUGAGCACCUCCUCCAGCAGGUCCGGCUGGCGCAGCAUGUGCACCAGGAAACGCGACAGCCGGGGAAGCGCGAUGGCAUUGGCGCGGCAACGGCGCCACACUCGGCCGACGCCGCUUGCGCCCGCCGCCAUGAACGAACUGCUCGCCGCCUUCCGCUACACGACGAACAACCACGCCCAGAUCGCCGCCAGCACCACCUGCGGGUGCUGCCACUGCGUGAAGAUCUUCAAGCCCGACGACAUCGUCGGCUGGACAGGGCUCACGGUCGAGAACGUCGACGACCCCCGGGCCCUGGCCGCGCAGACCGCGAUGUGCCCGCACUGCGGCAGCGAGGCGUUCGGCCUGCGCCCGGAGCACAUCGGCCUGGUGCCCAAGCCUGGCAGCCUGCCGGUGCAGGCCACGCUGAAGUUCUGCGAGCACAUGGGCUCCGAGGUCUUCACCUACUUCGACGUCGGCGGCGUGGCCUUCAGCGCCCGCGUGCCGGCAGAGGACGGCACAGCCCUGACCGCACUGCCCCGCGGCGCGGCCGUCACGCUGCACUUCCAGCUCGCCCACGCCCACCUUUUCGUCGCCGACGACCACGGCGCGAGUCUCCUCACAUGAGCUUGAGCCGCCGCCUCGUCCUUGCCAGCGGCGCUGCGCUGGCUGCGCCCUUCGUCCAUGCCCAGGACAAGCCCGUGCUGCGCUUCGCCUGGUGGGGCGGCGCCAGCCGCCACCAGUCCACGCUGGCCGCGCUGAAGGUCUUCGAGCAGCGCCACGGCGUGCGCGUGAAGGCCGAGUACAUGGGCUUCAACGGCUACCUGGAACGGCCUGACGACGCAGAUCGCCGGCCGCUCCGAGCCCGACGUCAUGCAGAUCAACUGGGCGUGGCUGGCCAUGUUCAGCAAGCGCGGCAACGGCUUCACCGACCUGAACAGCGUCGCCAAGGAACUGUCGCUGGACCAGUUCACCGAAGACGACCUCGCCUACGGCCGCGUGCAGGGCAAGCUCAACGCGCUGCCCACGUCCUUCAGCGCCCGGGUCUUCCUGUGGAACCAGACCGCCUUCGGCCGGGCCGGCGUGAAGCUGCCCGAGACGUGGGACGAGCUCUUCGCCACCGGUCCCGCCUUCCGAGCCAAGCUGGGCGAUGCCCACUACCCGCUGGACGGCGAGCUCUACGACAUGAUCCUGCUGUCGCAGAGCUUCAUCCAGCAGAAGCACGGCACGCCCUUCGUCGAUCCCGCCAAGCCGCGCGUGGCGAUGAGCCCCGACGCGGCGCUGGAAUGGGUGCGGACGUACAAGGCGCCUCGUCAACGACCACGUCGCCACGCCGCUGCCCCUGCGCGCGAGCCUCGGCGGUGCCGAGAAGCCCACCGAGCAGCAGCCCGACUGGGUCACCGGACGCUGGGCCGGCAACUACACCUGGGACUCGGUCAUCGGCCUGCGCGGCCUCCACGCUCGCGCCGGGUGAGAAGCUGGCGCUGGGUGCCUUCCCGACGCUGCCCGGCGCCAAGGACAGCGGCCUCUUCGGCCGCCCGACGGUCAUACCUCGGCGCCGACGCCGAACAACCAGCAGCUCGAGCGCGUGUCCGUCACCCGCCAGCAGACCGACACCGACCUGCGCCGCCGCGAGCCCGGUGGCCAAGCAGCUCUACGGCCGCGACGAGCUCGACAAAGUACGGCGACACGCAGCUCAGCGACGUGCUCAAGCGCCUGCCCGGCAUCAACGUCUCCGGCGGCCAGCUGCGCAUGCGCGGCCUGGGCGGCGCGUACACGCAGAUCCUCGUCAACGGCGAGCCGGCGCCCCCGGGAUUCAGCCUCGACAACCUGAACCCCGCCCAGGUCGAGCGGCUGGAAGUGACGCAAGGCCCCCGACGGCCGACCAGAGCGCCCAGGCCAUCGCCGGCACGCUGAACAUCAUCCUGAAGGACGCGCCGCGCAUCGUGCAGAAGGACCUGCGCAUCGGCGUCGCGUAUGCGAACGAGAACCCGGUCGUGAACGGCGGCUUCACCUACGGCAACCGCACGGUCGGCGGCCUGGGCUUCGUGCUGCCGAUCAACGUCUUCCAGUGGGACAACCGCACCCAGACCGACGGCGAGCGCCUGCGCGACAGCGGCGCCACGCGACUGAGCAGCUCGGGCGCCGACCGCUCGCACGGCCGCGGCGUGAACGUGUCGCCCCGCCUGAAUUGGAAGCUCGGCGACGACGAAACGCUGACGCUGCAGACCUUCUUCAUCACGAACCGCUUCUACAACGAAGGUCACAACGACACCGAGAUCCUCGCCUCCACGCCCAGCAGCGUGCUGCCGCCGAGCCUGCGCGACGAGACGCGCAACCGCGGCACCUUCCAGGCGCAGCGCGUGAACCUGCAAUACAACAACCGCUUCGACGAGGACAAGCGCGUGGAGCUGCGCGCCGGGGCCGGCAGUGGCGGCGCGGACUUCAACUUCGACUUCCUCGGGCGCGACAAGGCCGGCACGCAGACGGUCAGCCGCACGACCAGCGGCGAGAACCGCAACCGCAACGCCACGCUGUCGGGCAAGUACAGCCAGUACGCCGGUGAAGCGCACACGCUGACCGGCGGUGGCGAGAUCGAGCGCCGCACGCGUGACGAGACGCGCCGCACCGUGGAGAACGGCGCCGACCUGCUGCCCGGCAUCGAGGGCCAGCCCUUCGACGCCACCAUCACCCGCACCGCCUUCUACGGCCAGGACGAGUGGGAGAUCAACAAGCAGUGGUCGGCCUACUUCGGCGUGCGCCACGAGCAGAUCAAGACGGUCAGCACCGGCGUGGGCAAUGAGUUCAACAGCACCGAGCAAGGUCACGACGCCGCUGCUGCACCUGAACUUCAAGCCCGACCCCAAGGGCCCGCGACCUGGAUGCGCGCCAGCCUGACGCGCAGCUACAAGGCCGCCGACGUGCAGCAGCUGAUCGCCCGCCCGAGCAUCAACACCGACUACCCGGCCAUCGGCCCGAAUGCGCGCGAGAACACCCAGUCCGCGCCCGACCGCAUCGGCAACCCCGACCUGAAGCCCGAAGCUCGCCACCGGCCUGGACGUGGCCUGGGAGAACUACCUGCCCGCAGGCGGCCUGGUGUCGGUGGGCGUGUUCCACCGUCGCAUCACCGGCCUCGUGCGCAACUCGCUGGUGCUGGAGCAGAACGUCAGCUGGUCGACCGUGCCGCGCUGGGUGGCCAAGCCGAUCAACCUGAGCAAGGCGACCACCGAAGGGCUCGAGCUGGAGGUGAAGGGCCGCGCGUCGGAGCUGUUCCCCAGCCUGUUCGAGCCGACGACGGCACUGAGCCUGCGGGCCUCGCUCAACCUGGCCUCGUCGCCCAUGCCGGCCAGGCGCAAAGCGGCCUCGGCUUGGCGGGUGGCGGCUUCCGCAGAUCGUUGGGCGGCCUGCGCCUCCUGCACGCGCCGCUCGGGCAGGAUGCCCUCGUCGAACAAGCGGCGCUCACGCUCCAGCGUCUGCCGUGCGAGCUGAAGGCGGGUGCCGGCGUCCAUCAGUCGCAGCUGCAUCUCUCCGAGUGCCGGGCUGACCAGCCGCAGCAGCGCCUGGCCAGGCUUGACCGCGUCCUGGGGGUUCACAAGCACCUGGGCGACGACGCCGUCCACCGGCGCACUGACCAGGACGUCCAGCUCGGGCGGCAAGGUCACCCGGGCGGGGGCCGCUGCGCCCACAGCACUGGCUGGCGCGACCAGCUUUUGAAGGCCGACGCCCAGCGCCUGGAGCUGCGCCGGUGGGACGACGAAAUCAGCGGCAGGCGCAGCUGCCACGGCCAGGGAUGCCCAGGUACUGAGCACGAACGCGGGCCAGAGCCGGCGUCGAGAAGAAGACCGCAAGGUGUGCUCCCAGAAGGUGUUGGCCUGUCGACUGCUGAUCUGAUCGGUGACGUCAGGGAGCAGCGGCAGGGGCUGACGGCGAGUCUGGGCGGCACCCCUUAA